AGACUAUCCGCCAUGAUCGUGGGGUCUCUGUUCGCCAUAAUCGCAGCCGCAUACGGCGCUUCAAUCCCUCCACAACCGGUCAUUCCGACGUCGAGCGUAUGUCUACAAGGUUGUUUCGAAUCGUUCAGCGUUGUGAACGCAGCAUUCGAUCUGUUCAACUUCAAGAGCAUCGCCGUUGACAUUGAGCAAUUCUGCAGAAUCAAUGCGGAUUUGCUGAAAUGUGGUCGAGAAUGUCCAGCUGAACAAAUUCGCGAAUUGGAGGCACGUACAGAGGCCAGCUCGUACGUCUGUUUGGACAAAAUCGAAGAGUUUCGUCUGGUAUCAGACUGCCUCGAAAAGGCAGACGAUAUGACGGAGAAGUGCGCGCUGCAAUGCGAAGUCCCACGAGAGGUCCCGCUUCGAUUCGACUCCUCUCCUGCUUCUUCGAUCAACCCGACAGUGCUUCUAGAUGGAGCGGGUCGUUCGUGCAAAAACCACAUCUGCGUGAUGAAGUGCGCGCAGAAAGGAUUUAAUGACGCCUGCCCUGGAGCCGGAGACCUUUUCAAAGAUCUCGCCAAGCAACAAGUGCGAUCAGGCAGCGAACGCCUAGCCGAAGAUUCCAACAACGACAAUGUGACGACCGUCAAAGUGAUGGCUGAAAGCUACCUUAGAAAUCUGCCCACUGAGUGUUCUUUCCUCAAGGACGUAGAAGAAUUCAACAAGGUCAUGGAACCGGAAACCACUAAGGAAAGUGAGGCUAAUGUGACGACCAUUGCUUCGGUAAUGACUGAGGAGACUAAGGCAGAAGCUGCCGACGUAACUGAGGCAACCACCCCGGAAAUGGCCUCAAAAAUGACCACUGAGUCUGAAGCACACACCGGCAGUGAACAGGAGAUGAACACCACACCAGCACAAAUUGAAGUACCCAGCAGCACUGCAGGUGCUGAGGACUUCAUCAAGCCAGACGAGAUGGCUCCUGAAGUAAGCAUGGCAACGAUCAAGCCGGAUGAGGAGCUUCGCACUGUACCUCUCCCAGAAGAGGCACUUGAGCCAAGCACAUCUGAAACCCCAGUUGAACGCAAACCCGAAGAUACAUUCAGUGAAAAAACCGAAAUUGGCAUGGACGUGAACUCUGUGGAUCAGACCACAGCCGCAACAACGGAACCUGUCAUAGUCGUAGACGAUGCUGUAGUAGCCAGUGUUGCAGACGACAAUGAUGUUCAAGCUGGAGUCAAGGAAGAAGUGAAGUCUUCGUCAUCGGGUCCGUUCGUCCUCUCUUCACUGUUCGCCAUUGCUGCCUUACUGUUCGUCUAAUUGUUUUCAUCUACCUUCGAAUUCACAGUGUACAGUGUGCGUAAUCGUGCAGUUUCGUAGCGAUAUAUGACUAAGCGAUUUGCAACCCAGUGAGUGUGUGUGGCCUUUUGUGCGUGUAUUCAGGAGCGAAGUAUUGAUAUCGCUGUACAGGUAUAAAUUGAGUUGUCGUAGUUGUGACAAAUAAAUAUAUUAUCGGUUAGUGGGAGCAGUUUGAUCAUCGAAUC